AUUGCUCACAUUUCUGCGUCCAGAACACACACUGUGUUAACUUGCUUGCCAAGAGCUAGUUUCAGAAAUCCCCUCUCAAUGGCCAGUUACAGCUUCAGGCAAUCCGUCUCUGGCGGGGGGUAUGGCGGGUCCUCCUUCAGAGCUCCAAGCAUCCAUGGCGGAUCUGGUGGCCAGGGCAUUUCCAUGUCUUCCGCUAGGUUCGUCUCCUCUGGGGCUGGAGGAGGCCUAGGGCUUGGCUAUGGCGGAGGAGCUGGGGCUUGCUAUGGUGGUGGCCUUGGUGGUGGCCUUGGUGGGGGCUAUGGUGGGGGCUUUGCCGGGGGCUUUGGGGGAGGUGUUGGAGGUGGCUUCAGCGGCAGCAACGACGGCCUCCUUUCCGGAAACGAAAAGGUCACUAUGCAAAAUCUGAACGACCGCCUGGCAAACUACCUGGACAAGGUGCGUGCCCUGGAGGAAGCCAACACAGAGCUGGAGGUGAAGAUCCGAGAGUGGCACCAGAAGCAGUCUCCCACCAGCCCAUCCAGGGACUACAGCCACUAUUACAAGACCAUCGAAGACCUCAGAGACAAGAUCAUUGAAGCAACAAUUGACAACAACAAGGUUAUCCUGCAGAUUGAUAAUGCCAGGCUGGCGGCUGAUGACUUCAAAACCAAGUUUGAGUCUGAGCAAGCCCUGCGCAUGAGUGUUGAGGCUGACAUCAAUGGGCUGCGCAGAGUCCUGGAUGAGCUGACCUUGGCUAGAACUGAUCUGGAGAUGCAGAUUGAAAAUCUGAAGGAGGAACUGGCUUACCUUAAGAAGAACCACGAGGAGGAAAUGAGUUCUAUGUCUGGGCAAGUGGGAGGCCAAGUGAGCGUUGAAGUUGACUCUGCUCCUGGCAUUGAUCUCACCAAAGCUCUGACUGAUAUGAGAGACCAGUAUGAGAAGCUGGCUGAGAAGAACAGGAGGGACGCUGAGGCUUGGUUUACCACCAAGACUGAAGAACUGAAUCGAGAAGUCGCAGUCAACACCGAGCAACUUCAGAGCAGCAAGACUGAGAUCACAGACUUGAGGAGGACCCUCCAAGGCCUGGAGAUUGAGCUCCAGUCUCAGCUCAGCAUGAAAGCUGCCCUGGAAGGCACCUUGGCCGAUACGGAGGCUCGCUAUGGGGCUCAGCUGUGCCAGAUCCAGGGGCUGAUCGGCAAUAUCGAAGCGCAACUGGUUGAGGUCCGAUCGGACAUGGAGCGUCAGAACAGCGACUAUAAGACCCUGAUGGAUAUCAAGUCCCGGCUGGAGCAAGAGAUUGCGACCUACCGCCAGCUCUUGGAUGGCCAAGACCUCCAUUUCUCCGGAAGUGUUUCGGGGACUAAAGACUGCCAAGGCCAGCUUUUUCCAUGCUCAGCCAAGCCGAGUAACAGUCUCACAGCUGAACCUCCAUUCAUUGCUGCCACGAUGUCUUUCUAUCAGAGCUCCUCUUCCUCCUACGGUGGUGGUGCCCUGGGUGUUGGCGGGGGCUCCGGCCGCAUCUCCUCUAGCCGCUUUGGAUCAUCCAGCAUCCAUGGCGGAGGUGGCGGCCGUGUGUCUGCCUCCUCCGUUAGGCUUGUCUCUUCCGGGGUUGGAGGUGGAUAUGGAGGUGGUUAUGCAUGUGGGAUAGGAGGAGGCUUAGGAGGCGGCUAUGGCACUUCCUUGGUUUCUGGUGGUGGUCUUGGCUACGGCGGUGGCCUUGGUGCUGGAGGAGGCUAUGGAAGUUGCUUUGGUGCUGGAGGUGGAGGUGGAGGCGGCUAUGGCUUUGGGGACUUUUUGGCCGGGGGUGGCGGCGGCGGCGAUGGAGGCCUCCUGACUGGGAACGAGAAGAUUACCAUGCAGAAUCUGAACGACCGCCUGGCAAACUACCUGGACAAGGUGCGUGCUCUGGAGGAAGCCAACACAGAGCUGGAGGUGAAGAUCCGAGAGUGGCACAUGAAGCAGGCUCCCACCAGCCCAUCCAGGGACUACAGCCACUAUUUCAAGAUCAUCGAGGACCUCCGUGACAAGAUCCAUCAUGCCACAGUUGACAAUUCAAGGAUUGUCUUGGAGAUUGACAAUGCUAGGCUGGCUGCUGAUGACUUCAGACUGAAAUAUGAGAAUGAGCUGCACCUCCGCCAGAGCGUUGAGGCUGACAUCAAUGGUCUGCGCAGAGUCCUGGAUGAGCUGACUCUGUCCAAAUCUGAUCUGGAGAUGCAGAUUGAAGGGUUGAAGGAAGAUCUGGCUUACCUCAACAAGAACCACGAGGAGCUAAUGAAAGAGUACAACACUCAGCUGACUGGAACCAUCAAUGUUGAGAUGGACGCCGCGCCCGGUAUCGACCUCACCAAAGCUUUGGCCGAGAUGAGAGAGCAGUACGAACAACUGGCGGACAAGAAUCGCAGAGAUGCGGAAGCUUGGUUCUUCUCCAAGACUGACGAACUGAACCGCGAAGUCGCCACCCAUACGGAGCAGCUACAGAGCGGCAAGAGCGAAGUUUCAGAACUGAGGCGCUCGAUACAGAGCCUGGAGAUUGAGUUGCAGUCGCAGCUUAGCAUGAAAGCUGGCUUGGAAACCAGCUUGGCAGAGACAGAAGGACGGUAUUGCGCUCAGCUGGCCCAAAUCCAGAACCUGAUCUCUGGUGUGGAAGAGCAGCUGGCCGAGUUGAGAAACGACAUGGAGCGCCAGAACCAAGACUACAAGAUGCUCAUGGACAUCAAGUCACGGCUGGAACAGGAGAUCGCCACCUACCGCAACCUGUUGGAGGGCCAGGACUCCAAGAUGACAGGAUGGUCAAAGGAAGGGUCCCAUGGUGGAGGUGGCACCAGCAUCAGCUACCACAGCAGCAGCGGCGGUGGCAGCGGCGGCGGCAGCGGCAGCUAUGGCGGCAGCACCACCGUCACGACCAGCAAAAAGCACUCCAGCAACUUCUGAAUCUCCUGAGGAGCAAUGCCCCGGUUCCGAAAGCUGUGCUCACCUAUGGGGAGAAACCUGCCCGCAGGACGCCCACAGCUCAGUACGAGAAACGCAUGCACCCCUCCCCGCUUUACUCAAGUGUGCCUCGGCUUGGCCACUUUCUUAACGGCAUCCCCUCGCCAGCUUUGCCUUCCUCGUCAUCAUCGCGACAGAUGCACGUUUUUGUAACACUCUCAAUAAAGAGAUCGCCUCAGGCUCUUUUUGCAAAUAA